GUCGGAGCCCGCGCCCGGUGGGCACAACCCGUGGGCAGCGGAAAGCGGAGGCAGCCGGGCGGGGACGCUCGAUUUUCCGAGCCCCGCUUUCCUUUCACUGCCCACUGGGAUGUGUAGUUCUUCCUCUCGCCGACUGACUCCGAGAGCGAGCACGGCUCGGGGAGCAAAGAAACUACAAAUCCCGGCAUGCCCCGCGACGAAAGCGGGUGCGGCGUGGUGCUGGGCGUUCUGGUGCCGGGAGACGAGCUGGGGACUAACAAAGGGAAGGGUGAGGAGCGGCGGUGCCUGCGAGGGGCUGGGCUCUUGACCCGUGACACACGUUCUUUAUCUAAUCUUGACCGCAACCCUGCGAGGCACUAUUGUGUCCAGUUUAAAGAAUGCUCUACUUGCCAGAGAUCGCAGUGCGCCCUGGUGGUGGAGAUGGGACGGACCCCAGAGCCCUGGGAGUUUCCUUUACGAAGCGCUUCAGUGUCAAAGGCAGAGGAGCUUGGUGUCUCCAAGAGAGGAGAGGAACUGGGGCCAGUUGGAAGGAGCUGCCUGUGCUGUAGGACUGAAGACUCUGGCUUUUUGCUAGCUGUCAACUGGAGAUCGCCCUCAGCUCCUGGAGCUCCUUGUCACAUGUCCUUUCCCAACAUGGCCACUGAUUUCAUCAAGCCAGCAAGAAGAGUCCCCGAAAUAAGUUUGUCAGCAAGGUGGAAUCUUACACAUAGGGGUGAUCACAUAGGGGUGACAUCAAACUGCCAUAUUCUAUUGGUUUCCAGCAAGUCACAGGUUUUGCAAACACUCAGGGGAGAGGAUUAUAUACAGGGUAUAGACACCAGGAUGAGGGGGCCACUCUAGUAUCUGUCUAUCACAGGGUACAAGAGGAUCCAUUAUGCUAGUCUUAUCUAUAUCUACUUAUGUUUAUGUUUGAAAUUUUCUAUAAUAAAAAGAAAUUAUUACUUCUUGAAUUAUA